GUUCUUAGCUAGCUUGAUUUUUAACUGAAGUUUCCUCAAUUUAUCUCUCUCUAAAAACUGAAGAUAAACUUCUUUAAUCUGAAUUUAAUCUCUGAAAUUAAACUUUGAGUUUAUUUUUUAACUAUGGACGGAAACAUAAGUUCUGUUGACAGAGAGAGGUCGUUAUAUUUGACACACAUUUCCUACCUGGAGGAUGAGCUGGACAGAUGUCAGCUCAGAUACGACGAGCUGGAGAAGCAGAACGACCGCCUCAGCAGUCAGCAGGGUGCGUUAGAGAAAGAGAAGAAAGACGCCACGGAGUACCUGAAAUGCCUCGCGACCGCUGAAGAGGAGAGGGUGGCCGAGCUGAAAGAGCAGCUGCAGGUUCAGGAUCAGGCUGCACAGAGAGACAGGGAGGCGUUAGAGCUGCAGCACAGCCAGAGGAGGCAGGAGCUACAGGAGCUGCUCCAGGAGCUGGAGACCGGGUUCAGGAUGCAGGAGUCGACGGAGAAGGAGCAGCAGGAGACUGUGCAGCUGAAGCAGAGAUUGUCUCACAUGAAGUCUCUGCAGGAACAGCUGAUCCUUCAGAGGGAAGAGCAUGAAGCUGCUGUCGUCAACCUGAGGAAGGACAGAGAGACGGACAAGGAGAACAUCUCUGAGGAGCUGCAGGUCAACGCAGAGGCGCAUGUUGAAAAGGAGACUUCAAGGAUUCUUCGGAGGGAGAGGGCUGAGCUCAGCAGGUGGUCUCGGGACCUCCUGAUACUGCAGGAGGACUUCGUGAUCCUGGGAGGGGAGAGAGACGCCGCACGAGACUCAGGGAGCAUCCUUCGUACAGAGUGGGAGGAGGUGAAGAAACUCAAUCAGGAGAUCCCUCGGAGAGGAUCCUCGCAGAUUAAGGAGGUGAAGCAGCAGAAAGACACGUACCUGCACCUGAAGGAGGAGCUGAAAGACUGUAACACCUUCAUCAACCUGCUGCUGAAGGAAAUGGAGGAUAUGAGGGACAGACUCCUCGCCAUGCGUGAGCAGAACCGACAGAUAACGUCCGAGCUGGAUCAGCUGGAGGCGGAGCUGGAGAGGCGGAGGAGGAGGAAGAGCCAGCUGGAGGGAGUGAGGCAGGAGGCGGCCGUCAUCCUCGGACACAUCCUGGAGAUCAAAACACAGACACAGGACCCAGAGAGGCGGGCUGACACUCACUGGAUGAUGGAGAGGCUGCUGGAGAUCCUGGAGAGCUCCGCCCCCCAGGAAACAGACUCCGCCCCCCUCCACAGCUCCUCCAGACCACAGGCCGCUGACCCCAAACCAGAGAGAGACCUCAGCGAUGAGAAGACUUCCAGCUGUGGAAAUCUGUCUACUCCUCAGCAGGCUGAUCCAGCUCCAGAUCCUGAUCCAGAUCCAGAGGCCUCCUCCUCUGCGGACUGCUGAAACCAGUCCAGGAAACAACUGAACAUUAAAAAGAAAGUCUCACUUA